UAUUGAAUCUUCUCAACCCCCAUCCUCCUCCUUCAAGACAGACCACAUUCUAGUCAUUUUCGAUCGGUUUAUAAGGGUCAACUCUGCGCCCAAAGCUUCAGUGUACUAACCCACUUGUAAACAAAACCCACUUCUAAACAAAAAUGGAUGGUUAUUAUAGCAGAAGGGUAAUCAUGUUUGUGGUGUUUGCAUUUGCAGCAAUAAACAGAGGGUAUGGACAAGAAUCAACCACUCUUGUUCCUGCAAUCAUCACCUUUGGUGACUCUGUGGUAGAUGUGGGUAAUAAUGACUAUCUCCCUACCAUCUUCAAGGCUAACUAUCCUCCUUAUGGACGGGACUUUGCCAACAAAAAGCCUACUGGGAGGUUUUGCAAUGGAAAAUUAGCCACUGACAUCACUGCUGAAACUCUGGGGUUUACAACUUAUCCACCAGCUUACCUUAGCCCAGAAGCAUCAGGGAAGAACCUUCUGAUUGGAGCCAAUUUUGCUUCAGCAGGCUCUGGCUAUGAUGACAAAGCUUCCAUGGUGAAUCAUGCCAUCACAUUGACCCAGCAAUUAGAGUAUUUCAAGGAAUACCAGGCAAAGCUAGCAAAGGUAGCAGGCAGCACCAAAUCAGCAUCCAUUAUCAAGGAUGCACUGUAUGUAUUGAGUGCAGGAAGUGGUGACUUCCUCCAGAACUACUAUGUCAACCCUCUACUUAACCAUGCCUAUACUCCAGACCAGUACGGAUCAUUCCUUAUUGAUACCUUCACAAACUUCGUCAAGAACCUCUAUGGGUUGGGAGCUAGGAAAAUUGGGGUUACCUCACUUCCACCGUUAGGUUGCGUUCCAUUAGCAAGAACAUUGUUCGGUUACCACGAGAAAGGAUGCAUUUCCAGGUUCAAUACCGAUGCUCAACAAUUUAAUAAAAAGCUCAACGCCGCAGCAGCCAAUCUCCAGAAGCAGCAUCCUGGUCUUAAGAUUGUGGUUUUCGACAUAUUCAAGGCACUUUACGACAUUGUUAAAUCUCCCUCUAACUAUGGUUUUGUUGAAGCAACAAAAGGAUGUUGUGGAACAGGAACAGUAGAGACAACCGCAUUUUUGUGCAAUCCAAAGGCAGCAGGAACUUGUUCCAAUGCCAGCCAAUAUGUAUUUUGGGACAGUGUUCAUCCAUCUCAGGCUGCUAAUCUAGUCCUUGCAGAUGCAUUGAUUGUUCAGGGCAUUGCCCUCAUUUGAUUCUGUUGGGGCCUUUCUCAACUCUUCUAAGCCUGCCUGCCACUACUCUUUUACCAUUACCUUACUAAAAUUUGAUUCAUAUUGCACCCUACCCUCUUUAUAAUCAUGUAUGCCACAAAAUUCAAUGUCUUUGAAGGUACUUUUUAUUUACUUUUGUGACAUUAUUAUUAUUUAAGAGUUUGAGACAAUGUUUCUUGAGGAAA